UCAUUGGCACUCCGACAUGGCCAAGCUAGCGACGGAUCCAAAGGCCUCCAACAACAACAGUUGCGAGGCGGUCAAUAAUAACCACAAUGGAGGCGCCACCAACUACCAGGCACUGCCCCUCACCCCGGCGCCAGCCAACACGCCCCUGCACAAGGCCAUCAAGCACGACCUCUUCCCGGAGGUCACCUUCUGCAACCUCUCCGUGGAGGAGCUCGCCGACGGAGCGGGACACAGCCGGGUGGGGGUGAGGAGCAGCAUCGUCGCCCUCGACGACGGCACCUUGACCUGCCUGAUGAACGGCGGAAACGGACAGGUGAAGCGGCGCAAGCGCCUGAUCUCGAACGAGUCCGGCGAUUCGAUCGACUCCAGCACCACGGAGAAGAAGGCACCCAAGAUACCCGACGGCGGUUACGGGUGGGUGGUGGUGUUCGCCUCGCUGGUGGUGUCCCUUAUUGCCGACGGACUGAGCUUCUCGUUUGGACUGAUCAACGUGGAGCUGCUGGGUUACUUCGGCGAGUCCACCUCGAAGACGGCCUGGAUCUCCUCGCUGUUCUUCUCCGUGCCCCUGCUGAUGGGACCUAUCUGGUCCAACCUGGUGGACAAGUACGGCUGCCGCAGGAUGACCAUUAUCGGCGGCGUGGUCUCCGCCUUUGGGUUCGCGCUCUCCUCCUUUUGCAACUCUAUUGAGAUGCUGAUGGUUACCUUUGGCAUCAUCUCGGGUCUUGGCCUGGGCAUCGGGUACGUGACUGCAGUGGUGUCCAUCGCCUUUUGGUUCGACAAGAAGCGCACCUUCGCCACCGGAAUAGGAGCCUCUGGCACCGGUAUUGGAACCUUUGUCUACGCCCGCCUCACCUCCUAUCUGAUGGAGUCGUACGGCUGGAGGGGAGCCACUUUAAUCCUAGGGGGCACCAUGCUCAACGCCUGCGUUUGCGGCGCCCUGAUGCGCGAUCCCGACUGGCUGAUCGAGGAGAACCGGCUGGAGAGCCGGUCCCAGAGCGUUACCACCUUCUCCAACUCCAGCGUUUGCCUGGAGGAGAUCAAGAAGCUGCUGGAUACCGGCAUCACCAAGGAGGCUGUGCUGGACUCGCUGGUGACCAAAAACAACACGGAGGCCAACCAGCAGAUUGAUGAUCCCCUGGACUCAGCCCUCAAGCGAUACCGCAGCGAGAUCUUCCUGCCCACCUUCCUGAGCAUCCAAGAGCUGGACAGCAUCUACGAGGUGAAGAGCCUAAGCAGGCGAUCCCUGCGCCACAAGGAGGGUGCAGAGGCCCCUUCCCGUGAGAACCUUCUGUCCAUGUCCUCGGGAGCGGGCGCCUAUCCGCCAUCGACAGCCGCCAUUGGUUCCCCGGACGACACCCUCAUGGGUGGCAUCGCUCAGGAGACGGCGGACAUGGCGAAAAAGUCAUAUCUGGCCUCCAUUGAGACGCUGUCGCCGUCAGAAAAGCGCUCCACCGGUGGCGGAUCGCUGCGCUCCUCGGACGAGGGCUAUCUCACCCAGAAGCACGCCAGCUCCCGGUAUUCGCUGAAUGAAAACCUCUUCAUGGCCAAGCACACAACGCCAUCGAUCUCCAACCUGAAGGUGAACGGCCUGCGCCACAAUUCAGUGGACAUCCUAAGCGAGGACAUGCACUGCUACUACUCGAAGGACGAGACAUUCGCCUUGCUGGAGCCGGGCAGGCGGAUCGGGCCCACGGUGAUAUCCAUUCCGGAGCAGGAGCCGUCCGUCAACAGCGAGCUGGCCAUUCGACGGGCCCGACUGGACAGCAUCACCGGGAUCCGGCGACUUUCGCGUUCUAAGAAGCCCAGCCACCACCGAUCAAACCUCCGGCGAAACAUCUCAAUCCGGAACUCCAACUUCCUCAAGGACAUGCGCAUCCACCGCAAUUCGAUCCACUACCGCGGUGCCAUGCUGAACACCCAUCGCUACCGCCUGCGUGCCUCAUCCUGUCCCAACAUCUACCGCAACUCGAUGACCACCAUUGCCAAGGAGGAGGAGGAUACUUGGUAUGACAAUUUCGUGGACACCAUGAAGUCCAUCUUUGACUUCUCCCUCUUUCUGGACAUGAAGUUUGCCCUCUUCAAUCUCUCAACGUUGUUUUUGUUUAUUUGGUUCAUUAUCCCUUAUCUGUACCUGCCCGAAUACAUGAAGCAGCACAAGUACAAUGUGAGCGUGAGUGCCGAGUUCAUAUCGGAUAUCGGUGUUGCUCAAACGAUCGGAAUGAUAGGACUGGGCUAUCUGGGCGAUCUGCCAUGGAUGAAUAUCAACAUAUGCUAUUCGCUCUGCAUGUUGGUCUGCGGCGCGUCGGUGUUCUUUAUGCCCCUGCUGAUUACCAGCUACUGGGGCCUGAUGAUCAUGUGUGUCAUCUUCGGAUUCACGUUCGCCAGCUCUUUUUCGUUCACGCCCAGCAUUCUGGUCAGUAUUGUUGAUUUGGACGAUUUCACGUGUGCCUACGGUCUGGUGCUGCUGGUGCAGGGAGUGGGCAUGAUCGCAGGACCUCCAAUAGCGGGCGUUAUAUACGAGCAUACGGGCAGAUGGGACGAUACUUUUUACUAUGCGGGCAUAUUUAUAGCACUCUCCGGCGUCUGUUCGUAUCUGAUCGAGUUCUGUGAGAAGAAAGCACCUAAGGAGAGUGAUAGUGAUGUCUCAGAGACUAAAAAAGCUCAACUUUUACACUAGGUUACAUACAUAACAUUGUUAAGUGCCGAAGGUUAAGGAGAACUUGAAGCACUACAAAUCACAACUGUAGCAUAAUAAUGGACUAGCAUUAAAUGUUAACGAGUUUCUUAUGUCAAAUGGUGUUGCAGCCAUAAAAUCAGAGCAGAAUUGUAACUGAAACUAAGCCUAUUUUAUAAGAUCUAGCCUGUAAGCAUAUACUUGACUUGACUAAUUGCAGCUAAGUAUCUAUAUACACCUAAUAACUAAUUACCGUACUAGGGCAAUUACUAAUCGCAUAUUUAAUCACACUUAGACAAACUGUUCAAUUUCAAUCAAUAUCAAUGCAGUGCAUCACUGCCAGGUGCAAACGGGUCCCUCAAUUGUCUUCUUUACAAAAAUUAGAAAAAUAGUUUUAAUUGCCUUACAUUUCGAACGAAUAUUAAUUAAAGAGAAUACAAUAAACAACAAUCUAUGUAACGUAUGCAAUAACAAGCGACCAUUUUCAAUCUAUUUAAAACUCACAAUAAAGUCUUUGGAGCAUUUGUUGUUAAACUAAAACAAAAUAAUAUCUGUACAUCAAACUUCACGGAUCCAAAUAGUUUCCAAUUUAAACCAAACAACUGAGCAAACUAGGCUAUAAAAAAAUUAUUGUUAAAAUAAAAACCUGUUUUUGCAGCUCGGCGAAAUUUUCUUAGACGAAACAUUCAAAAAUUCAAAUUAUAAAUAAAAACAUUUAUGUAAAAUCUUACAAGUUCAAGUAUUAUUACAGAAAAUACAAAAAUAUUUAUAAAUUAGUGAAAACAAGCCUUUAAAAUGUAAGCACGCAAAUAAGAUAUGAACUAAAUUCGACACUAUAGCUCUUAGCCGACUUAUAGAUAAAGGUAGUUGUUGAUUCCAAUCACUUUAGCAAAUAUGUAUAUACAAAAAAAAUGAAUCACCAUUCUAUAUUAUUUACAAGACAUCAAUUGAACAAUUAUCUACUAAAACCCUAUUACAAAAUAAAUACAAUUUAAAAAUUUAA